CAGGCGGCGGCGGCGGCGGCGGCCCGGUGGGCGCGCGCCAGGCCGGCAGCCAUGGCGGCGGCGGCGGAACGGAGCCGCCUCAGUUUCCCGGGUGGUACCGGGGCCCUGGGGCGGCCCGUGCCUAUGAACCUCUUCGCUACCUGGGAGAUCGACGGUUCCAGCCCCAGCUGCGUCCCCAGGUUGUGCAGCUUGACAUUAAAGAAACUGGUAGUCUUAAAGGAAUUGGAUAAGGAGCUUAUUUCUGGGGUCAUUGCUGUCAAAAUGCAGGGCUCCAAGCGCAUCCUGCGGUCUCACGAGAUUGUAUUGCCCCCGAGUGGACAUGUGGAGACCGAGCUUGCACUGACCUUCUCACUGCAGUACCCUCACUUCUUGAAGAGAGAAGGCAACAAGCUUCAGAUCAUGCUGCAGCGACGGAAGCGGUACAAGAACCGAACCAUUUUAGGCUACAAGACUCUGGCUGUGGGGUCUAUUAACAUGGCCGAGGUCAUGCAGCACCCGACAGAAGGUGGCCAGGUUCUGAGCCUUUUCAGCAACAUCAAAGAGGCUGCAGUGAAGGUAGCAGAAAUCUGGAUCUUCUCCUUGUCAAGUCAGCCAAUUGACCAUGAAGACAGCACUAUGCAGGCCAGCCAGAAAAUCAAGUCUACAGACAACUAUUCCGAGGAAGAGUACGAGAGCUUCUCUUCUGAGCAGGAGGCCAGUGAUGAUGCCGUACAGGGCCAGGAUUUGGAUGAUGAUGAGUACGAGCUGGGGAAGCCCAAGAAGCAGCGGAGAUCGAUAGUAAGAACGACGUCCAUAACCAGGCAACAAAACUUCAAACAGAAGGUUGUGGCGUUGCUGAAGAGGUUUAAAGUGUCUGAUGAGGUUCUGGAUUCAGAGCAGGACCCAGCAGAGCACGUUCCAGAGGUGGAGGAGGACUUGGACCUUCUGUAUGACACACUGGAUAUAGAGAAUCCCAGUGACAGUGGGCCAGAAAUGGAGGAUGAUGACAGCGUCUUGAGCACUCCGAAGCCAAAGUUAAAACCUUAUUUUGAAGGACUGUCGCACUCCAGCUCUCAGACAGAAAUUGGUAGCAUCCACAGCAUCAGGAGCCAGAGAGAGCCAUCAAGUCCUCAGGUAGAAGUGCCUGAAAAGACAAAAAGUCUUGGAGCCAAACAUGCAGGCGACAGUAUCUCUGACACUGUUCCUUAUGAGUCUAACCAGCAAGCUGAGGUCCAGGAAGUCGAACUUCCCACACCAGAUGUGUUUGUUGAGAAGCUCCCACCCAGCGGGAAGAUCACUAAGACUGAGUCUCUCAUUAUCCCAUCCACCAGCAGAUCUGAAAGGAAGGAGACGGGACGUCGGGGAAGGAGCACGUCUCUGAAGGAGAGGCAGCCAGUGAGGCCGCAGAACGAGAGAGCAAACAGUCUGGACAAUGAACGCUCUCCAGACACCCGGCACCACUUACAGAUCCCCAGGAAAACAGUAUAUGACCAACUAAAUCACAUCCUGGUUUCGGACGACCAGCUGCCAGAAAACAUUAUUCUUGUCAAUACUUCUGAUUGGCAAGGCCAGUAUCUAUCAGAUGUCUUGCAAAAGCAUACCUUGCCAGUGGUCUGCACAUGCUCCUCAGCUGAUAUUCAGGCAGCUUUCAGCACUAUUGUCUCCAGGAUACAGAGAUACUGUAACUGCAAUUCACAACCUCCAAACCCAAUUAAAAUUGCAGUGGCCGGAGCCCAGAAUUACCUCAGUGCUGUAUUGAGGCUCUUUGUAGAGCAGCUGUCUCACAAAACCCCAGACUGGCUUGGCUACAUGAGAUUUUUGAUCAUCCCUCUAGGCUCUCAUCCAGUGGCCAAGUAUCUGGGGUCUGUAGAUUAUAGAUACAACAACUUCUUCCAAGAUCUAGCCUGGAGAGAUCUGUUCAACAAACUUGAAGCACAGACCACUGUUCCAGAGGCGCCUGAUGUUGUCUCCCGGAUAACGCAGUAUAUAGCAGGGGCAAACUGUGCGCACCAGUUGCCCAUUGCUGAAGCGAUGCUGACGUACAAGCAGAAAAGGAAAAAGAGCUUUCAUUUUGAUUUUACCAUAAGCCCUGAUGAAGAAUCUUCGCAGAAGUUCAUUCCCUUUGUCGGGGUGGUGAAGGUUGGAAUAGUGGAACAAUCUUCUGCAACAUCAGGUGACUCCGAUGACGCAGCUCCCUCAAGCUCCAGUGUCCUUUCUUCUACCCCACCUUCUGUGUCUCCUGCUGUGAAAGAAGCCUCCCCCACACCACCUUCCUCACCGUCUGUCACAGGCAGCUUCUCAUCCUCAAGCCAGAGCCUCGGUGCUGAGUUGAUGGGCCUGCAGGUGGAUUACUGGAUUGCAGCUCCACCCAUGGACAGAAAAAGAGACCCGGAGAAGAAGGACCCCUCCACUACCAAAAACACACUGAAAUGCACUUUCCGGUCCCUCCAGGUCAGCAGGUUACCUGCCAGUGGUGAGAUUGCCACCACUCCAACCAUGUCCAUGACUGUCGUGACAAAAGAAAAGAACAAGAAAGUGAUGUUUUUGCCCAAGAAAACAAAAGACAAGGAGGUUGAGUCAAAGAGCCAGUGUAUCGAAGGCAUCAGCAGGUUGAUUUGCACAGCAAAACAUCAGCAGAACAUGCUGCGUGUCCUGAUCGAUGGGGUGGAGUGGAAUGACGUCAAGUUCUUUCAGCUGGCAGCACAGUGGUCCUCUCAUGUCAAGCACUUUCCCAUCUGCAUAUUUGGACACUCCAAAUCUAACUUCUAGCCGUGCUCGGCGAAGGGACCUUCUGUCCGUCCCGGGGACUGCACACCAGGAGCCAGGAAUUGCGUGCCAACUCUGACUCGCGUCGCUCUGCCCUCUCCUGCAGAAUUAAUUACAGAUGUGCUUGGAUUACUCUUGAAUUACAUUUUUCUAUUAACUCUUAAGUUUACUACAAGGGAAGGAAACCCCUUUAAACAAAGGCAAAAAAAAACAAAAACCCAGUCUUAAAUAUAGAUGUGCUGACAACAUGAAGUCGUGGGGGAGUUGGCAGGAGCAGGCAACCUGCCCGAGAACACCUACCACUUACAAGCAGAUAGUGAAUAACUGCACUGCUUAUUAACCUGAGACCUCAUUGGUGUGAGUGCGCUGGGGGAGCCGUGGAUCAGCUCAAACGGAUUUUGCAGAAGAUCAUGCGUGUUCCGGUGCGUUUGUCCCCCUCUCUCUGCGUUUCUAGGAAAAAAAAAAAAAAAGAUGGCCAGUCUUUCUUCCUGCUGCCAAAGGACGAGAGAUCAGCGAGUCUGGAAGGGAGUUCAACUGCCCAGUUUGAAAAACAAGCCACUUGCAUAGCUAGGGAGGUCUGGAGAGCAGAUUCCCCUCCGGAGCGUGGAGUCUGCCCACAGGGACGGGCAGGCGUUUGCGCCGAAGCAAUUCCUGAGGAGGGUUGGGCAGGAACAGGAAUUAGGGAAACACUAGGUGUAAAGAAACUCCAAUGUCCCAGGUCUGUGACAAUGACCAAGCCAAGCCAGUCACAAUGUCCCUGCAGCUGGCUGUGCUGCUGCGGGACACCACAUCAGUGGGGUCGCUGCUAUUUACAUACUCACACCGAUUAUUUACCUGUCAAUAAAACCUCGCCCAGCCUCUAAAGGGAAAGGAUUUUUUUUAAUAGCUGCAGAUUUUUUUUAAUGCUUUCUAAAAAAAAAAAAAAAGAUAAGAAAAAAUAAGAGGAAAAAAAAAAUUAAGUUGCCAAAAAAACAAACCCAGGAAGAUGAGCCGUUGUCUGUGAAGUGAUACAUCACUGUAGUGGCUGGACUGGGAGCCAGCCAGGCGCUCUGCAUGUCCAGCUGCCUUCCCGUCCAUCUGUCCAACCGCACACGUGAGGGAGCGUGGGCUGCUUUAUCUGCUGCCUUUGUCCUGCCCUGACCACCCUGUGCUCCCCAGAGCCUGCUCUCACCCUCCUGCACCUCCCCAGGCUGGGUGCAGACCUCCUGGCUCCAGGGCCACUGCAGGAGGGCGUUUUUGCCGUGCCCUUAAACCACCCAGGACCUCUCCUGUAGGGACCCAGAGACUGGAACAAAAAUGAAGGGUGCUGGGGGUAGGCAGCCUCCUGAAGGCUGCUUUGUCUUUUCCUUCUGCUUCCUGAGUAUUCCUCCCCACGGGCAUUUUUCUGUGGAUUGCAUCCCUUCCCCAGCAGAAUUACUUUUACCAUGGCACAGCAUGGCCUACGGAUUGAGGAUUUGUUAGGGAGUUCAGUCCCAAGGUGCAGUGGAAGCUGUGGCUGGGACAUGAGCGAGGAUGAAGCCAGCCAGGUUCUCUAUCCCCUUUGGUCAGCAAGGUGACCUGGGAGAUGAAGAAGUGAGCUUUUUAGGUGUCUCGCACUGUUGGCUUGGCUCAGGUUGCACUCGUGUUCGCUUUGUCCACCUUGCUGCUGCCAGGGACACUUGGGGUGCCAAGACAAGGGGAUGCUUUCACAGGGAGGCAGUGUGACAAGCCCCAGGCAGUGGCUCCAUCUGCUGCAGAUGUGGCCUCUUGCUCUCCAGGCUUCCCGGGGCAUGCCUGGGAGGGACUUGGAGCAGGUGGCAGACGGGGUUUGGGGAGCAGAGUGUGCUUGCUGUGUGGAAGAGCAGACAUCUCUGGCAUUUCAGGGUAAGGGACUGAAGUUUUUGAUGGAGUCCUUUUGAAUCCCAGCCUUGUGGGCAAGCCAGGCUGUGUGAGCAUUUCCAGAAGGCACUUUCUGAGGGCAGUGAUGCUUUUGAACCUUUACCAGCAUUUGCAGGUCAAUACUUUUUUUUUUUUUUUCCUCCUUUUUUUUUUUUUUCUGAUCUCUUACCCUUGGGUUUUUAAAGGCUUGGGGAACCUGCUUUGCCCUGCUCGCUGGGCAGGAGCCUCCUGGUUUGUUUUGGGCAGGGCAGUGGUGGUGUGUUCUGUUAGGCCUUUUCCUGCUGAUGGGGAGCGUGGUCCCCGCCGGUGCCUGUUGCAGCUCACAGCAAGGGCUGCUUCACCAGCACCGAUUUCAUGGAACCCUCUCCCAGCACAAGUGCAACCUGCUUGGCCAGGGACUGGGUAUUCCCUUCAAACCAUGCAGGGGAGUGGUCCCACGCCUGGUGGCACGCUGCUGGGCAGGUCAUGUUGUCUGGUUGCAAUAUUCUGUUUCUUCCUGCAGUCCCACAGGCAGGUCUGCCUGCCGUCUGCUGGCUUUUGGCUGUGGCAGAAGCUCAGCUCUAGUUUGAGUGUUGUGGUGUCCAUCGGUUCGUGUGUUUUCGGUUGACCUGAGCUGAUGCUCUGGAACUGUAUAGCGUUGCCUAGCAGCAGUAUCGUGGGAGAUGGUGUAUAAGCACAUCCCUUCUUUUUCUUCAUUGAGGCUGUUACAUCAAAAAAAAAAAAAGAAAAAAGGCUUUUAAAGGAAAUUAGUCAGUGUGUGAUUUCUUCCUCGAGUCUCACACUGGUGUGACAAGAGUGAUUGGGCUGGGUUCCAGCGUCAGGAGCCGCAGGCAGCCUGGGCAGCUCUCGGUGCCGGAGCGCGUCAGGGCUGCAGAGAUGGGGUGGACUGACCGCCUGCAAUAACUUUGUUUACUGGGGGGGGUGGGGGGGAACCAUCACUGUGCUCCUCUUUGUAUUUCAACCUACUGUAAAGAAACAAAUGGUAGCUAGGACAGGAUUUCCAGGGUCCUGCCUAUCAAAUGUGUGUUGCCCUGCUCUACUGUACGUGUGUGUGUGUGUGUACCUGCGUGUGUACGUGUGUGAGAGAGAAACACUUCUGCUCGUGGCAUUUCAUGUUGGUUUGUGUUUGGUUCUAACUUUAUACAAGUGAAUUCAGCGGGAAACUCUCUGUACACCUGAGACCUGAGGGCUUGUGUCUCCACAGGGCGUCUCCUCUGUGGAAAGCUGCCAUUGCUCUGAGAUGCCUCCCCCGUGCAAGGAAACAUCCUGGCUUCUCAGCCUUGUCCUCCCAGACUCCGUCAGCGGCAGGCUGGGCCUGCCCAUGGGCAACUGUGCACCCGGGGGAUGGCCGUGGUGUUUCCAUGCCUUGGGGUGAGCGCUGACAUGCACGUUUGGUGGUGCUGCUCUGAUCAGGGUGUUGUGCCUCUUCAUUUCUCUUGAAUCGCGUGGAGCCACUUUGUGCAGCUGUUUCUAUCCCAGACGGGAGGAGAAGCAGGUUUCUGUCUCUAAGGGAAAUGGGUGUUAAAGCAUGCACGUGGCUCAGGCCGUUUUGGGAAGGGGUUUUUCACCUGGUAGCAUGUAUGAGUGACCAGUGUCGGGUCUCCCACUCUCCCAGCUUCCCCACCAGUGUCCCAGGGGACCCUCCCACAAGCAAGCCCCACCAGCCAGAGAGAUCCCUGCUGUGGGGCCAGGGAGAGCUGCCAGCACAGUGAUGGGUCCAUGCCUGCAGAACUGUGCCAGCUUGGUGGGGUAGGUGGUUGUGUGCGAGUUGGUGAAUACAAAAGGAUGGCUUAGAGCAGAGACAGCACUGAUCCAUCUUCAGCUUUUGAGGGUUUUGGUGAGGAAGGUGCAACUCAAAAGAAGAAACACAGAGGCAUUAUCUUGCCCUCCUGCAUUAGAUGGGGCUUGAUUUGGAGCCAUGGGGUCUGAUGGCAAAGGCAGGGGCUGGAGCGGGCAGCAUCUGAGCUGAUCUCUGGCCAGGACGUGCUUUGAAGUUGGUGUCCCCUGGUUUCCCUGACCCUUUGUGUCCCGUGGCUUGCCCUUGCUCCCCGCAGAGCUCAUCUCCUGCUUUGGCUUCUCAGCACUGCCAGUUUGGUUUCCAGCUGCUCUUGGGCGAAGUGCCCCUGCCUGGCUCAGAGGUGAGGUCUCGGGGAAGGGCUCGCUGCUGCGCGGGGCUGUGGGGCACUGGCCUAGUUUAACAGCUCUGGCGAGCGGAUGAGAGAUGGACGGUUGCUGCGGCGUCGCGUUGCACCUUGAGUGCCUCCUGGUCCUUGGGGUUGAGUUUCCCGGAGACAAAGGCUCGGCCUCAGCCCUGCCAGUGUUCCAUCAGCUGCCGGCUCUCUCCUGCGGCGCCGGUGAUUUCGCAGGCAUCUCGGGCGGCUGUUUUUAGCUCAGCGCUGCAGUUUCCAUCCAGUUCAAUUGUUCCCGGUUACAUCCCGGCGAUAACUGCAGCGUGCUCCUUAAUUACGCAUGAGUUUGGGGAGAGCCACUGUCUCUUUGGCUGUGUUUUGCUGCUUUAAUUAGCACACGCUUGUGGCGUUACCCUGCGGAGAGGGCAGUGGUAGGUGGCUGGGAGGUUUCUGGGGCUGGAGAUAGGCCUGUUUGCUUUCCAUCAUCAAACUUGGCUGAGAACCACGCUGCCCUGUGCUUAACCUGCCAUCGCAGCAAAGGCCUCACCGUGCUUCUUACCAGCAGUGUGUGCUGGAGGGAGUACUCAAGAGCCAGGGUGGGAGGGCAUUGCAUCCAGCACCUCCAAGCUUAAGAAGAAAAUCCUGUUGAGAGGCAGCAGAGCUGGUGGCCUUCUCCUGCUGCUUGGUGUGCCGAGGGAUCGGGAAGGCUGGAAUUGGGGCAGUCCUGCUGUGCAGCGGUAAAGGGCUGGGGACCCUGGAGCUUUCUUGAAGUUAGGCUGAAUGCAGUACUUCUGCCCCCUUCUUUUGGGGGAUCUCAAUCUCAGUGGAUAGCUGUGUGGUGGCAUUUUAGUGUGACACUCCCUCCAGGCUUAUUUGGCAGGGAGAAGGCCAGAAAUGAGCAGCAGCAUCUCUCGGAGGUUUCCUGAUGGGGAAUUUCUCGUGGGACAUGCUCCUGGCAGGGCUGGCUCCUGCAGGGUCACUUGGCUGCUUUGGGACAGACUAGGGGAGGAAAGGGACAUGCCAGCUUGGAAAGCAGCAGGUCACUGGUUUCCUUAAGGAAGAGCACCAGCCUGGGGCAACAUCCAGUCAGCUGCUGCUUUCCCAUUUGUGUAUGUGCCGUGGCUGUAGGGAAGCACCUUGCGAGCGUGGGUACUGGGUAUGCUGGGGCUGCAUGUCACCAGCCUCGUCUGGAAUGUGGCAUACGAGGGGACGUUACCACUUUGUAGAUUCCCGAGUUGUCCAUCUGUUUCAUUGUUGUAUUGUUUGGGUUCUAGGUUGUUGUUUUUGUUUUGGUUUGUUUUUUUUUUUUUAAUGAAGACAGAUUAAAUGUAAAUAGCCUUUUUUUGGAACAAACUGCAACGUGCUCAACCUCGUCAACUAUUUUAUGGUACUAAUGCAACACUAAUAAAACUGGACAUGAAAGCACA